AUGGCUUUAUUUCAUUUUGUUAAUUGUUCCUUGGCUACUUUCAUUCCUUACUAUAUUAUUUAUGAUGGAUUUAAAUUAUCAAAAAAUGUAGGAGCAACCAAAUUGUUUUUUCUUGUUUGUUUUUAUUACAUUAUCUCUCAAAUAUUAAAGCUAUUCGCCUUAGCAUUUUGUUCUAUUGGGCUUUUCCAGAGCAUGAACCUUUUUAAUAUAAUAUUUCAAGAGUUGGCGAAUAUAAUUGAUUUGGCAGGAAUAUAUUAUAUCUUAUCACACAAGCACACAAAUUCUAUCAAUUUGAAUGAGAGAAUAUUAUCAGUAGGAUUAAGUUGGGGUUUUUACGAAUCUUUAGCAACCAAUUUUUUUCCAUUUCUUAUAGGUGGAAAAUCAUUGGAAUUUUCAUUGAAGCAUAUUUAUAGAUCCAUAUCGGCAAAUACAUUUUUGUUUUCCAAUUUGUCAAAAACAUGUCUAUUGUUCAUGUGGAUGAAAAAUACAUCCGGUAAAACAAAAAUCAAUGUUGUUAAUUCUUUACUCGUUUACUUUACUUUCAUAUUACCUCUUGUGAAUAGGAUUAUAUUAAUAAACGAAGAAUCAUUUAGAAGUGAUAUAUUCAUUCAAUUACUCUUAGAAUUUGUUUUAACAUUUUUUUUAUCAAUAAUUACCAAAUUCAUUUUUAGUUCACAAUUGAAUAUUUCACAUGAGAAUAAAAAUGCAAGUUACAGUGAUGACGACAUUUAUCAAGUCAAUAAAGACUUAAAAAAAAAGGAUAAAAAAAAAAAGAAGAAUUAA